GGGAGAAAGAGGAGGAGGAAGGACGGACGAUCAGACCCGGCCUCUCCUGCUGAUGAAAAGAGAAAGGAAGAAUGGACUACAGUCACCAAACUUCCCUAGUCCCAUGCGGGCAAGAUAAAUACAUUUCCAAGAAUGAACUUCUCCUGCAUCUGAAGACCUACAACUUGUACUAUGAAGGCCAAAAUUUGCAGCUCCGACACCGAGAGGAAGAAGAUGAAUUCAUCGUGGAGGGGCUGCUGAAUAUCUCCUGGGGGCUGCGCCGGCCCAUCCGUCUGCAGAUGCAGGAUGACCACGAGCGCAUUCGCCCCCCGCCGUCUUCUUCCUCCUGGCACUCCGGCUGUAACCUGGGGGCUCAGGGCACCAUCCUGAAGCCCCUCACCAUGCCUGACAUCCAGAUCUCAGAGGUGGAUGCACCCUCGGAAAGCAACCAGACACCGAGCCCCACAGACUCCAGCGGCCUGAAGGCCCUGCAGGAAGAGACCCCACAGCUGAUGCGCACGCGCAGUGACGUGGGUGUGCGUCGCCGUGGCAAUGUGAGGACACCCAGCGACCAGCGGCGAAUCCGACGCCACCGCUUUUCCAUCAAUGGUCAUUUCUACAACCACAAGACGUCGGUGUUCACGCCAGCCUACGGCUCGGUCACUAAUGUUCGCAUCAACAGCACCAUGACCACCCCGCAGGUCCUAAAGCUGCUGCUCAAUAAAUUUAAGAUUGAGAAUUCAGCAGAGGAGUUUGCUUUGUACGUGGUCCAUACCAGUGGUGAGAAACAGAAGCUGAAGUCCACCGAUUACCCCCUGAUUGCCCGAAUCCUCCAGGGCCCAUGUGAACAGGUCUCCAAAGUGUUCCUUAUGGAGAAGGACCAGGUGGAGGAAGUCACCUAUGAUGUGGCCCAGUAUAUAAAGUUCGAGAUGCCUGUCCUUAAAAGCUUCAUCCAGAAACUCCAAGAGGAAGAAGAUCGGGAAGUAAAGAAGCUGAUGCGCAAGUACACGGUGCUCCGGCUAAUGAUUCGGCAGAGGCUGGAGGAAAUAGCUGAGACCCCUGCAACAAUCUGA